AUGAGCCACCCACCGUGCCUGGACCCGAGCCUGGCUGCUGGGGAGAUGCAGUCCCCCAGGACGGCAGGGAAGAAGCGAGGGCGGCCGCCGCUCCAGCCAGCGCCCAUCAAAAUGGCUGUUCACAACCUCUUCUCAGCACCAGCCACUGCUCUGCCAGUCAUGAAGAUCCCAAAGAAGAGAGGGAGAAAACCUGGGCACAAGCUGAAAUCUCGUGUCCUGAUGACUCCUUUAGCAAUCUCUCCGCCGAGAAGCACACCGGAGCCGGAUAUUAGCUCAAUCCCCCAGGAUGCAGCUACGGUACCCAACUCGGACACCCCACAGGCUCUCACAGUCUGCAUUUAUGUCAACAAACAAGCGAACCUGGGGCCGUACCUUGACAGAAAAAAGGUGCAGCAGCUGCCAGAGCACUUUGGCCCGGAGCGGCCGUCGGCAGCCCUGCAGCAAGCAGUGCAAGCCUGCAUCGACUGUGCACUCCAGCAAAAGGUGGUCUUCUCCCUCAUCAGACAGGGCUAUGGAGGCGAGAUGGUGUCAGUUUCAGCUUCUUUUGAGGGGAAGCAGCAUCUCCAGACCCUGCUGGUGGUGAACAGCAUCGGGUAUGUCCUGCGCUUCCUGAAGAAGCUCUGUCGCAGCCUCCUGUGUGACAAUCUCUUCAGCAACCAGCCUUUCCAGCAGUACAGCGCCGUGCCGGAAAGCCCCGAGGGGUAUGAAAACAGGCGGAUGGAGGCAGAGACAGUUAUACCUGAGGACUACCUGGCUGAUGCUCCAAACAGGAAGCAGUACAGUGCGGAUCCUGCCGAUGCUGCCUUGGGCUCCAUGGGCUCCAUGUACACCGUGCGUCAGAGUCCUGCAGAUGGACACCCUGCUGGAGGCUCCUCUUCCUCCUGUAGCCAUCGUCCUGCCCAGAUGUCUUCAGGGGGGUCCUCAUCUACUGGCCUGCGGCAUCAGGCCUCCAGCCCAACAAGGAAUGGGGCGUAUCUUGAAGGAAACAGAAGUGCCUCAAGUCCUUCACCUGAACGAGAAGAUGCAGCUCGGCCAUCAAGCAAGAAUCCUUUGACCUGGACGGUGGAUGAUGUUGUUUGGUUUGUGAAGGAUGCAGACCCUCAAGCUUUAGGCCCUCACGUGGAGCUCUUCAGAAAACACGAAAUUGAUGGCAAUGCUUUGUUACUGCUGAAAAGCGACAUGAUCAUGAAAUACCUGGGGCUGAAAUUGGGACCAGCGCUGAAACUGUGUUACCACAUUGAUAAGCUCAAGCAAACCAAAUUCUAGUAAUUUCUUAAACAACAGAAUCUGAGCUAAAUUUAGAUGGAAGACUAAAGGUAACACCUUGCCUUACAGAAAUGCAUUCAUUUGCAGAUUGCUUUUCCUUCUUUUUUAUCAAAGACUUUGUCUUUUUUAACAUUUGUGUGUUG